AAAGUGAACACUAUUUUCAAAAAUUGGCGACACUGAGUUCGGCCAUUAGAAGAUGGUUGUCAAAUUAAGCAAUUUUUAGGGACAGUUGCACAAAUAUUCGGACCCCAUAUCCGAAGUGGUUCACCUUUGAUCCAAAAUGGACUCUUCCAACACAAUAAAUGUUAUGAUUUACUUUAAUCAUUAAAAUCAAAGUGAAUACGGUGCGAAAUGCGUUAUUUUAUCGAUGCCGUUAGAUAUAGGCGUUUAAUUUUGUGCAUCUGUUCGCUGCGCUAAUAUUUCUAUUCAUCCUGACAUGGACACCAUUGUACAGGGUCCCCUUGAUGAUGGGGUUCAAGAACUUAAUUUGGUGAAGUCAGCUGAAUGGUCCAACGUUCCAGCUGAUCUUGGAAAUAACAACUCUGGAUAUGUUUAUAUUGCCUUUGACAAUUAUGAUUUCACCAAGAAACCCCCAAUAACCGUGAACUUGCACCAGAUCAAAAUGGAACAGCAGCCCGAAAACGGCGCCGUCGCCGGCGCAGUUCCGGAAACUCAUGGCGAAGUAUUUGGAGAUUUCGACCCACACGUCAGCCCAUUGGAUCCCAAUAUGAGUUCGGUAGCACGUUACAGCCCAGUAUAUGGCCAAGACGGGCUGACCGAUUUCAAUCCGAUCGUAUUCGUCACUCAGCCAUCGCAGCCGCAAAACGCUGACGCACCGGUCGUCGCCCAGGGGCCACUGUGUAGCCUCCAAGGCGCCGCGUCCGAUAUGGCCGGUAUGCCCGCCGUGCUCUGUCAGGGUGAUAUGCAGGAUGUGGGUAAUCAGUAUCUGGAACUUGUUGGUGACAAUUCAGGGGGCAUCGUGAACGUCAAUGGAGUCGACAAUCUGCAACUGGCUCCAGAAACGGAACAGGAGGUAGAGCUGUUGAUAACUGAUCAAGAAACUGGUAUUUCUUAUAGUGUUAGCACUCAAGAACUACUGGUUGAACGUUGUCUCGAGGAUCCACAAUUAUUAGACGCUUUGGACGCGGAUCCUUUGCAUUUGCACGACGCCGCUGCCGACUUAAAUGACGAGAUUAUGAGCGUCAGUCAAGUAGAUGCUACUGUUAAUAAUUACAUAAAUACUUUGGCGUAUAAUGAUAUGGCUAAAAAUGCGAGGAAAACGGACAAUUCACAAAUCAAAUCCGAGAUCGAUGUUGACGACAGUUUGUUGUCUUGUGUCUACAGCAUCGCCGACAAACCAAUUCUUUCUAGAGCCCGCGCAUCUUUGCCUGAACCAUUUUUGGUUAUUAACAGCAAUAGUAAUGAUUAUCCAGCAGUUUUCGCCAAGAAACACAUACCCAAAAGAACGCAGUUUGGUCCUUUGGAAGGUUUAUUCGUCAAGCCGAUUAAUUUCAACAACGAAGAUAAUUUUUUGCAGUACUACAUCCAAACUGAAUCAGGAAUUGUGGGAAUUGAUAUAUCUGAUGAAAACACGUCAAAUUGGAUGUGCUUCGUGAGAAAAGCCCGGGAUUACGAGGAGCAAAACUUAGUGGUUAAUGAAGAAGGUGGUGCCUUGUACUUCACGACCACCAAAUCAAUUCUGCCAAAGCAAGAGUUAAAAGUGGGUUACAGUACGUCCUAUGCCCAACAAUACAAGCUUCCAGUGCUUGAACCUAAGGAAGAGGUGUGGCCCUGCUAUGAGUGCUCCGAGAAGUUCACAACGUCAGAUGCGUUCCAAAAACACUUGAACACUCACGAGGAACGCACCAAAGACGAGAAUCACAAACCUCGAAGUCCGAAAAGAGCGUUGAAGUUCUUACGCAAGAAAUCUAAGCUUAAGAAACCAACUAAUUCGAUCGUCGAGUGUAAUAUUUGCAACAGUAUUUUCUCGCAGUACAACUAUUCGGGACUCAAGAAGCAUCUGAGUGACGCACACAGUAUUAACGGUUCCAAAUCUGUCGAGGAGUCCUUUUCAAUUGUGACGAAUUUCGAUUGCGACAUUUGUCAGGUGAGUUUCAAAUCGGAGGCAGUACUUAGAAUCCACCAGUUAAAACACGACACGGACUCGUCGGAUGAACAAAUCAUAAACCACGUUUGCCCUGCCUGUCAACGCAAAUUUCCCACCCAAAGACAACUGGUGAACCAUGUGAUGCAACAUGCCCUCCCAAACACCAUUAUCAAGGCGGAAACCUGUAAGUGUCCUAUUUGUUACAAAGCCUUUUCCAACAAGGAACGAGUACAGAAGCACAUGAUGGUCCACGGUUCGGAUGAGAAUAAACCGAUGAAGUGCGACAUUUGUCUGAAACGUUUCUUGAACAACUCAGCCCUGGCUUGCCACGUGCGUACCCACUACAAGGGUCGCAAGCAGUUCGAGUGCCCCAUCUGUAAGGAAAACUUCGAUCACGUCCUUAAGUUGAAGUUGCACGUUCCAAUUCAUUGCGAGAACAACGUGUACACCUGUCCUCACUGCAAGAAAACCUUCAAGCAGUACUGUGUGAUACGCAAGCAUAUCCGUGCCUUCCACACGGAUAAGAAGUUCGUUUGCAAGGAGUGUCCCGCCCGCUUUCACAAUCACGACAAGCUGAAAAUCCACAUGCUGAAGCACUCAGAUCACAGGGAGUUCCUGUGCGCCGGCUGCGGCAAGCAGUUCAAGCGCAAGGACAAGCUGACGCAGCACUGCAAGAGGAUGCACGCAGACGAGAGAGAGAAUGACGUACCUGUGCCGACUCCGAAGCCAGACACGCCCUCCAAAAAGGCCAAGGAGCCCACCGAUUUCCAUAGGUUUAUAUACAAAUGCAACACCUGCUUGGUGGGUUUCAAGCGACGCGGCAUGUUGGUCAAUCACUUGGCCAAACGCCAUCCGGAAAUACCUCCGGAAUCGGUACCGGAAUUGAACCUGCCUAUUUUGCAAACGACACGUAUUUACUAUUGUCAGUACUGCGAUAAGGUGUACAGGAGCAGUUCUAAAAGGAAGGCGCAUAUUUUGAAAAACCAUCCGGGUUCCGCUCUUCCCAUGUCCAACCGCAAGAACGGCAGCAAUCAGCUUCAAGUCACCACAAACAUACCAGAUCCAACUUACUCGCAAACUGUCGGCAGCAUCACCACCCAGCCUCAAAACUGCGACUGGUGCCACCGUCAAUACGCUAGCAAGGCGAAGCUACUUCAGCACAAGGCGAAGAAACAUCCGGAAAAAAUGACCGUGGAAAACAAUCAAAAAGUCAAGCCAGCUAGUCAAGAAACACCGCCUCUUUCGCCGGUUGUGAUGCCUCCGGCUCCUACUUUAAUCGAGGAACAAGCCGUGGACGAUGUAGCUAUGCAAACAAUCGAGAACUACACCAUGGCGGAUGAUUCACAGUACUGUAACUUGUCCAGCACCGUCACUUUUAUAGAGAACAAUGAGUUGGAGGCGCCGUUGUACCGAUUGUUAUCCUCAGGCAGUGGAUUAUUGCCACCACGUUGAAGAGAGAUUCACGAUGAAAGCCGGUGAUUUUGGUGCUCCAAUGGGAGCUUGUAACAAUUUUUCGAGAUUUUGUCUUGAGCCAAUGCCGCAGGUUGAACCCUGCGCAAUUGAGAGGGCCGCAUAUUGGAUUCAAGAAUUGUGGGUCGAGCGGAUUGAAGGAUUUAACGAAGGUUUUAUAAUGGAAGUUCAUCGUUUGUCAGUUUUUGGGUUUUUGGACGUUUUUUAAUUUAUUGAAGCGAAACAGUUUGUGUUGUUUACAAUCGGUACGGUUUUUAUUAGCGUAUAGCAGAAUCUCUUGGCAUCUGUUCCUUUAUUUUAAAUAGAUCUCAACUAUUGACGUAAAUUCGUCAUUAGUAUUUGUAUUAAGUAAAAUUAUUUUAUUAAAAAUUGUAAAACAUUUGACUUUAGACCGCUUAAAUUAACUUGUCUUGUGCGAACAUUCUAAAUUAUCCCUUUCUUUGCAGAAUAUUAAUAUUUGCAACAAAACUUUUAUAAUUUAUUUGACAUUAUGAUUAAGGGAAAAUUUAAUGCGCACUUGGGAUUAUAUUGUGUAUUUGUCAGCAAGUCACAAUAAUAGAUUUUAUCAUCUUAAAUAUACAAAAAAGUUUCGGUGAUAAUUGUGUACAUAGUGAUGAAUAAUCAGUAAAAAAAAUUAAUGAAUUUGUUACGAAAAUUGUUUGUUCAUAUUUUCGAAUUGAACGUUUUAAUGAAGUUUUUUAAAAAAUAACUUUAAAACCUUUCCCCUAUUUGAACAUAUUGUAUUGUAUUUAAAAAGUAUUUAACUAGUUAAAUAUAUUUUAUCUGCUUGAA